AUGGCGCCGACGCCGAUCUUCCAGAUUCGCGCGGAGAACAUCGGCCAUUUGCUGAGAGUGGGCGGCGUCGUGUCGAAGAUAACUGCAAUCCGUCCGCGCAUUAAGGUGGCUUGCUACUACUGUGAGCUCUGCAACGCAAACUUCUACGAGCCGGUGACCGGCGUUGAGCUGUACAACCGCCUAGCGCUGAGCCUGGCACCUUCGAUCUUUGGGCACCUGGACAUCAAAAAGAUUUUGCUGCUGCAGUUGGUGGGCGGCGUUAACUUUAUGACCGAUUCUGCGUUCAAGGUUCGUGGCGACAUUCAUGUGCUGCUGCUCGGCGACCCGGGCAUUGCGAAGUCGCAGCUGCUCAAGCGCGUUGCGGCGCUGUGCCCGCGCAGCAGCUACACGUGCGGAAAAGGCGCGUCGGGCGUAGGGCUGACCGCGGCGGUCGUGCGCGACACUAUGACGGGCGAGCUGGUGCUGGAGGGCGGCGCGAUUGUGCUCGCUGACCGCGGCGUGUGCUGCAUCGACGAGUUCGAUAAAAUGGACGAGACUGACCGCAGCGCCAUUCAUGAAGUAAUGGAGCAGCAGACUGUCAGCAUCAGCAAGGCAGGCCUUGUCGCGACGUUAAACGCGCGCACGCGACUGCUGGCUGCCGCGAACCCGGUUACUGGCAGCUACGACAUUACGCGCAGCGCCAUUUACAACAUCGGGCUCCCAGCAGCGCUCUUGAGUCGCUUCGACGUCGUCGUAAUCGCGCUCGACAACUUUGCAUCGAAGGAGUACGACUUCGUAAUGGCGCACCACGUGCUGAACAUUCACCGAGGCACGCCAAACGAGUACAUCGAAGUGCAACAAAAGUUCUUCAAGACGUUCAGCGACGAUGAAAUGCGCGGACUGAUUGAGCUCGCACAAGAGCUGAACCCGACGCUUACUGACGCGAUCGUCGAGCAGAUUGCGGAGUACUACGUUCGCAGCCGCACCGAGGAAAAGACGCUCGGUUACAACUACGACGAAAUCACGUUCGUCACGCCGCGCUACCUGCUCGCAAUAAUUCGCCUUUCGCAAGCGCUCGCGCGCUUGCGCUUCGCGCACGCUGUGGAGGAGUGCGACUUUCAUGAAGCGGUGCGCUUGAUGAAAGCGAGCAAGGAGUCGCCAAACUGUUCUCGUCGAGCUGAACCUGCUCGUCGAGAAUGA